AUGUCAGAGCCUACUUCACAUAGUAGCAACAUUGGCACUAUCAAUGAUCUUAACGUCCUGGCAUUACGCAGGGGAACCCCCUUCCAACAUCUACCCACCUCCUUCACCUAUGAACAACUUUCUGUCAUACUUCCCUAUGGAUGUGGGGUAUCUGGUAGCUUUGCCACAGGUGUCAAGGCUGGGAUUGUCACCACUGCUCCUAGUUAUUCAGUGCAGAGUGGGGCUCUGAACUUAGUGGGUCCUAGUACACUUCCAAAGGGGAAAAAGAGGAAAUUUGAGAGGAUUUUGGACACGAUACUACACCAGAUGCUCCAAAGGGUUGUGGGAUCACUGGCUUACAUCUCCUUCAUCGACAUGGUGCUCGUUAUCCUACCAAAAGAUCCACCUAUGGGGUGUUGGAAGUUACAGCCCGAUGCCACUGGCGGUCCCGGACCAUUAACAUGGGGUCCUGAGCGUUUUGCGGAGAAAAUUCAUGCAUUAGCAGCAAACUGGACUGCAUAUGGAGACCUUGGAUUCCUUAAUGAAUGGUAUCAAACAUCAAACACCAGUGCAGAUGGGUACUACUGA